UCAAGACUACGACAUGUUCUUGAUGUGAAACUUCCAAGCGGCUGCUAAUAUGAGUUUAAUUUGUUUCAAUUCAGAGAAAUACGUUGAAUAAAAUGAAAUAGAUAACAACAAUGACGAUAGUAUCAUGGAGUACUGUUCUUUUUGUUUUUAUAACUGGUAUAUCCAGUGAAUAUUGCCAACCCUCAUCCGGAAGUUUGAGAGGAUUUGAUUGUCCAUGUGAUGGAGACAUGUUCAAUUUUUAUUGUGACUACUCUAAAAAAUAUUGUUGUGAGUUACAAUUGACAAGUAACAAUCGUUACAAAUGCUGCACAUUUGAACAAAAAUAUGGUGCUGUGCUGGGGGUAGGGAUUGGAGCGGGUGUGCUUAUAAUCAUCACAAGUACUAUAUGUUGCUGCGUCUGUAAGCAAAAAGCUCAGAAUAGUUCAACAAUAGCAAGCACACCUCGAGCAACCACACCUCCAGCAGGGUCGUACCCCACAGGGGCUACCCUGCCUCCCCAGUCAGGACCAGCAGGGUCGUACCCCACGGGGGCUACCCUGCCUCCCCAGUCAGGACCAGCAGGGUCGUACCCCACAGGGGCUACCCUGCCUCCCCAGUCAGGACCAGCAGGGUCGUACCCCAAAGGGGCUACCCUGCCUCCCCAGUCAGGACCAGGAUCAUAUCCAGAGCAAGGAGUGUUGGAAAUGGCUCCUUACCCAUGUUACCCACCACAAGCAGGCAUGUCAGGUAUGGCUCCUUACCCACAACCAAGCGGGCCAGGUAUGAUUCCAUACCAACAACCAGGAGGGCCAGGUAUGACUCCGUACCCACAACCAGGAGGGCCAGGUAUGACCCCAUAUUCACAAGCGGGUAUGUCAGGUGUAUCUUCACAACAACAAGGGAUGUCAAGCAUAGCCCCUUACCAUUCAACUCAAUAUCCAAGCCAUAUAUACAGCGCACAUGGAGGUCAGACCCAAUUCCAACAGCAACAUCCACAAGGGAACACAACUACCUCACCCGCUGCCUAUGAUGCACAUUUGCCCCCUCCCCCUUCCUAUGAACAGUACGGUUUACGACGCUGUACAGCGCUGCAAGAUGAUCUUGUGGAUUGGAGUGUAUGUCUCGAGGAUCCACCUAGAAUUGUCUUCUAA